AUGAACAAGCAUAAUUUUGCAGCUCCAAAGCCAGCUGUGGCAUCGUCCGGACCCACCGGGGCGAUUUUGCUUGAAUUGCUAAUCAUAAGCGGGGCCCCCUUCAAAGAUCAUUGGGCGUACUGGGUGCGCUCUCAGGCUGACCCUGAUAUUGGCGUGAAGAUACCUGUCACUGGUAAUGUGAGGAAGGGCUUUGAGUUUGAAAUCAAGAGGAGCGAGAAUCUCCAGACGACUGAGGACAUCCCUACCAUGAGGGUCCCAUUGCAAUGGGUUGACGCGAAAAACUUUGAUGAGAUAGCCAUGCUCAAUAAUGGCAAAUAUAAGAUCGACAAUCAUCCCGUCUGCCUUUUCGAAGCAAUUGCUCACAAAAUCGAGGCUCCGGGUAAGAGUCUGAGCUCAGUUGAUAAUCAGUUCCAGAUUUAA